AUGGCCGACACCAAGGCCGAUAUCGCGACCACCGUCCCCGCCGAGGACCUCGAGCCCACCAAGACGGUCGAGGUUCUCAAGCAUGAUGCGAAAUUGGCCACCGAGAAGGAGAAGAGCAUGACUCUUCUCCAGGGUAUCAAGCUCUACCCCAAGGCCGUUGCUUGGAGUGUUGCCAUCUCGACCUGUAUCGUCAUGGAGGGUUACCAAACCUGUCUCCUGUCGAACUUCUACGCUUUCCCCGAAUUCAACCGGAAAUUCGGCGAGCAGCUUCCCGAUGGUGAUUACCAGGUCCCGGCAGCAUGGCAGGCUGGUCUCAGCAACGGUGUCUACGUUGGCGAAAUCAUCGGUCUGAUGAUCAAUGGUUGGGCCUCUGACAAAUUCGGCUACCGGUGGACUCUCAUCGUGUCCCUCACGUUCCUGACCGGCUUCAUCACCAUCUUCUUCACUGCCCAGACCGUCGUUGCCCUCCAGGUUGGCGAGAUUUUGGCCGGUAUUCCAUGGGGUGUCUUCCAGACGCUCACCAUCACCUACGCCUCGGAAGUCGUUCCCGUUGCCCUUCGUGGUUACUUGACUACUUACGUCAACAUCUGCUGGGGCUUCGGUCAGCUCAUCGGUGUUGGUGUGAUCAAGUCGAUGCUUCCCCGCAACGACGAGUGGUCUUUCCGCAUUCCCUACGCUUUGCAGUGGAUGUGGCCUGUCCCUCUCAUCGUCAUCAUUUUCUUCGCUCCCGAGUCUCCCUGGUGGCUCGUCCGCAAGGGCAGGGUUGCAGAGGCCAAGAAGAGUCUCUUGCGCCUUACCAGCCUUAACCGGGAGUCUGAUUUCGAUGUCGACGACACUAUUGCUAUGAUUACCCACACCACUGCCCUGGAAAGCGAGUCGACGGCUGGCGCAACUUACAUGGACUGCUUCAAGGGUGUUGAUAGGCGCCGUACCGAGAUUAUCUGUAUGGUUUGGGCUAUGCAGAAUCUUUCCGGCAAUGCCUUCUCCUCUUACUCCACAUACUUCCUUCAGCAAGCCGGUCUUCCUACCUCUACUUCUUACUCUUUUGCUCUGGGUCAAUACGCUAUCAACGUUGUUGGAACGUUCUGCGCGUGGUUCCUGAUGUCCUGGGGUAUCGGACGUCGUUCGCUGUACUUUUACGGAUUGAUCGGCCUCUUCAUCAUGCUUUUCGUCAUGGGCUGCCUUGGCUUUGUCCCUGAGGCCCACCGCGAGGCUGCCUCCAUGGGAACCGGUGCCAUGAUGAUCUGUUGGGCCAUGGUCUACCAGUGUUCCGUCGGAAGUGUCGCCUACUCCCUGGUCUCCGAAAUUUCCAGCCGUCGUCUCCAGGUCAAGACCGUUGUCCUGGGCAGGAACCUCUACAACGUUGUUGGUAUCAUUUGCGGUGUCCUUUCCCCGUACAUGCUUAACCCCGGUGCCUGGGACUGGGGCAACUACACUGGCUUCUUCUGGGCCGGAAUCUGCUUCUGCUGCAUCAUCUACACCUACUUCCGUCUCCCCGAGCCCUCUGGACGCUCCUUUGCCGAACUCGACCUUCUGUUCGAGAAGGGUGUCAGCGCCCGCAAGUUCGCCACCACCGAGGUCAACGUCUUCGAGGAGAACAUUCACUCUACCGUCGUCGAUGCGUACGGUCAGCAGAUCGAUCCCCUCCACCACACUCACGGAAAGGAUGAGAAGGAGGGUGCGGUGUACGUCGAGAAGGUUUAA